AUGAUGAAGAUGCAGAUGAGAGAUGUACAGGAAAGAGCAGAUAGAGAACUGCAGGAUGCACUCAACAGACCCAAAUCAGCAAGUAGUGUUGCUACAAAUCCUGAGAUUUAUGAGCUGCGAGAGGAAGUUGAAAAACUAGAAAAUAAAGUGGAUGAUUUGAUGAAUCAGCUAGAUGACAAAGAAACUGAAAACAGGCGUUUAGGUGAGUUUGACAGUCGAAGAAGUAUAUUCACAAUCAUAGUGCUGCUCUAAGAUAAGGGGACCAAAGUAUGCGCGUUAAACGCGCAUAGUGUGCGUAUUUGACUAAUUACGCAUACUAGUAUUGACAUGCGAGUAUAGGGGUAUCUUCGCUCCGACGAAGGGCAAACGCUCCGGGAACGUCAGCAUUCGAAACUCUUUACGAUGGUCAUUCAUUACAUUAUCAAAAAUUUAAGAGGUAACUCAGGAACCACCCUAACAGUUUUCAAUGGGGCCUUAUGAUAUGUGUAUUAUGUACAAGAUCUCAUUAUUUUUUCCAUUUUUUUUCACAGCUUGUAAAAUCUGAGUAUUCAUAGUAUAACACAUCUGUGUGUAAACAUCUCUGAUGGUGUUAUUUUCUUUUCAGCAACUGAUAUUGACGAUUUAAAUGAACAACUAAGAGGUGAUCGACAGCAAAUCCAACAGGUGAUUGAAAUGAUUUAUAUGUUGUAGAUGGUUGAGUUGUCAUUAGAUUAUUUUUGUUGUUUUAGUCCUCUUGGAUCGAGUUCUCAGUAAUUUACUAAAACUCCUUAAAAGUUUGCUUAGCUCGUCUUUUCGCUCCCGGAUGAAGAGAAUAACUGUACAAGAUUGAUUGUCUCGCCUAAGAAACACAACACAAUCAUCAAGGCUAUUGGCCAGACCUCUCGAUCACGAAGAUACGUGUUUUACCAUGUUCCUUGAGCAAAUAGAUCCCAUGAUGCCAUGUUUCUGUUCAGUAAUAGGUCACAGAUGACGUCAAAAUGUCUGAUGUGAUCUAUUACUGUACAGACCCACGGCAACAUGAAAUCUAUUUAUUUUACAAGAUAAAAAUGUUGAUGUCAUCUAUGUGUCGGUCUUCCUCUAGAUCAUGAAUAAGGAAGCAAUCAAAACGUGUGAAUAAUUCAACUUAUCAUGUAAACUGUAACAAGAUAUAUCUGUUUUGGAAAAUUAACACUGCACCGUGUGAUUACUUAUCAUGUCAUUUAUUUCGUUUCCCGGUGUGAUCACGAUGUUUUUACCAGUUGAAGAAAGAUCUUUCCGAUGCUCUGCUCGCAGCUGAACAUGAACGAAACAACUUCAAAGCUGAGGUUAGUUUCCAGACACUUUUUCAUGGAAGGCCCAAAUUAGGAGUGUGUUUUAGUUUCAGUCUUAACCAAUGAUUUGUUAAUAGCCCUCUAGUAUUUCCAUAACAACAUAUUACAAGAAUUCUUGUUAAUUACAACUUUAACUCCAGUUACUGCAUAAUCAAUUGAUAUAUCGAAAAAUUCCUACAGAUAUGUAUACACAUUAAACAUAAAAUCUCUAAAACUCAUAAAGUUUUUUUUUGGGGGGGGGGUAUUUUUAUCGGGCUGACCUGCAACUGCUAUCAGAAUGAAAGUGUUCUCAAUUCUUUGAAGCUAAACUUGAUAUUUCAAGCACGUUUACAGAUAAACAUAAUCAUGGAGGACUGCAUGUUUUGAUGGUUGCAUAUAUGUAGUCUUUGUAGAGGUCUACAAUUUUACUUUUCACUAUCCAUGUUUUCUUCUCAGCAUAAAAAUUCUAUUGAUCAAGAUUCUUCUAACCAGCAAAAUGAAGAGGUCAAAACUGUGGAUCAAACUACCGUGUUCUUUCUUGUAAGAAAUAACAGCAAUAAAUAUGAAGAUAUUCCUAAUACAGAUAAACUCGGCACUUGUAUAUAAAAGCCGUUAAGUUAUACAAAUUGAAAGGUUGUUUCUAUUUUGGUAGCUUCCAUUACAUUAUACGAAGGGCAGUUUAAAUGAAUUAGCAGUGACUGGUUUAAUAUUAAUAUGAUUCUGAUUAAAAAUACCACGUUUAACUUCGAUCAAACCUAUUUCAAGAUAAAGUUUCUCAGCUUUGAAAAGUCCAAUUUUCAUUUUCCAAUGAAAUCAAAGCAUUUUCUGGUCAGUAGAAUUAAUCUGUAAUUAUUUUACUCUUGAACCUUCCAAUGUUUUUCAUUUGAGUCGAAUACAACGCUCAAUCGAAACUGUUUCUUCUCGGUAAAUGUGAGCUUUAAGUGAAAUAAAUAAACUUAAUUUUCAGCAUUUUAGAUAAAGGAAUUUUAAAUUUUCUGUCAUGUAGACGCAAUAAAUUGCGUUUUGUUUUGUUUUGUUUUGUUUUUUUUUGAGAAAUCUAUCUCUGAUCAAAUUAAAAAUCUAAUCCCCUAAAACUUCUCAGUAAGAGCGUUGUUUUGCAGCGAGUUUUCAGUAUUUUAAAUAAAGAAAAUUUGAAUUUUCCGUCAUGUAGAGAUAAGGUAAAUCGCGAAUUUUUUUUAAGGAAUCUAUGUCUGAUCAAAUGAAAAAUCUAAUUCACUAAAACUUCUUAGUACUUCACAGAAUUUAACGGGGAAGCGUGUCGCAACAAACAUUGUUUAGAUAAUGAGCGAUGUUUUGCAGCGAGUUUGGAGUGGGAGUAAACUUAAACUUUUUACGUUUGUGUUCCUUUGUGCAGCUACAAAGUCAAAGGGCACAGCUAGAAAGAGAGAUGGACAAUAAACUGCAGGAGACGAAAACAAAUGUAUGUUAUUCCUCUCAAACUGUUCUGCUAAUCAAAUGCGUUCAUUUUUUCAACAUACAUGUAUCAAGCUUUACGAUAAUAAAAUGGUCAGGUGCAUGUAUGCACAAGUCUUCGCUGGGCGGUAUAUCUUUGUUAGACGGCUUGGCCUGGCCUGGCCUGGUGCUCCACGUGUUUACCAUAUUUUGUACAACUGGUGAUACUCUUUCCAUUACUUUUGAGACUUUUCCAAACUCAAUUUUGCGUUUCCUGAGUCCAUUUCUUGAUCGAAGUCAGUUGCUUCCUCUAUUUAUACAUCAUCACUCAGUUUUAACUUCAACUGCUCAGCCAUUUUUAAGCUCAAUCCAAAUCCAAUGUUUCCACAUCCACUGCCUUCUCUAUUUCGUUAAAAUUCCAUCUUAAGUCGUCUCUAACUUUUACUUUCUGUCAGUUAAUGGCAGCUUCGAGGAAACAAGUCGAGGAGCUGCAGCGAGCACAUGAUCAGAAGAUUAAAGAACAAAAAAUUAUAGAUGAGAAGAGAAAGCUGAUGGAGAGCCAGCAAACUAAGGUAUGUAAUGUUUGUCUAAGGAUCCUGUAGAAAAAGGGUUUAUCACCCGAUUUGAAAUUUUUCCACAGGUAUUAGAAUCACUUAGUACAGGUUAAACGUUUAGGUAGGUAUGUACAUUUAGGCGAGCUAUGUUGAGAGUCGUAAGUUGUCCGGAGAUAUCGUUCAAGGAAGCUUCGUUGAGUUAGAAUUUGGGUUUUAAAGAAGUGAUAUACUGAAGAAUCUUAUUUUGACCUUCGCUCAAUUGGGCAAGCGAUUCUCGCACAAACGUUUCGAAAUCUUCCGGUGUAUCGUUGGGCUGUUUUUCGUUUCCUCUCUUACCAGAAGACAUUAAUACAGUAACACUCACAUGAAGUAACUAAGAAGUUGGAAAAAUAUGAAGAAAAAAAUGAAACUUUUAGUCUCUUUCGCUCGAAGCUUUAAAAAAUCUUGUUUAGUGACCGCUGACCUGACCUGAGCUAUGCUACAGGGUGAAAGAGUGUCGUUACCAGUCUAUCUAGAUUUGAUUUUAAGUCUAUCGGAAACUAAGGGCCGAGCGUGUCUGACAGAUUUUCUGUUUUAUCGGAUUCACAGAGAAGAUCCAGUUUGGUGGUUUUUUUUUUUUUUUUUUUUUUUUUCAUUAUUCUGGAUACAGUUACGUUGUGAAGUAAAUAAAAAUUAUUGAACAGUAUAUUAUGCUGGAGAUAUUAAACUUUUUGAAGGCAUUUCCUGUAAGCAAAGCGGAAGAUCAUGAUAAGAUUACUUUUCUUAUUGGUUUUACAUUUGUAAAAUGUAAGGUUUUUUCAGGGUAAUAUGAGGCUCUUGUUUUCGACCAAGAGGGGAUGUUCUUUUUUCAUCAUGUAAAGUUUUCAACUUUUCUUUGGUGCGUCAUGACUUUUGGACUCUUGUCGAAAGGCAUUGAUUUGCACAUUUCAUGCGGCAAAUUACUUGAAAUAUAGACUGUGCGUUACGUGAAUCUUAUAACAUAACUAGUAGCUUCGUAAUCCUAUGUGGACGCUUAUGACGUCGUCAAACAAAUUCGAGAUAGAAAGAUUUUCUCUGCGAUUGACUGCAAAGUUCCCGUCCGGUUUGGCCGCGAUUGGUUUUUGAUUUUCAAGAUGGUUUUUCCGUUCCAGUCCGAUUUCGAUAGACUCUUAUGAGCUCAAAAUAACGAUUAAUUUUGCGGAAGGAUACUCGAUUUUGAAAGCAAUGGACGCUGUUGAUAAAGUUGCUCAACUAAUGUCGCACAAAAUGACCAUGACGAGGUACCGGUAUGGUGUACACGAGUGAGUCAGCUGUCAGAAGGAAGAAAGUGUAGUUUUUCGGGCCGAGACUAUCUGUUAGUUUCAGCUGGGCGCAUAGCGAGUCAGGCAGAAGUAUCCCAUGAGGUAGUGUGUCAGUAUCGAUCCAGACGUUCAGUUACAUUCAUAAGUUUGCUCAACUAACCUGCACAAUGCACUGUACUUCAUUUAUUACCUCAUACGUGCCUGCACCAAAAGUCCACCACUCUUGCACCAUCUGAAAGCACCACUGUCAUCGGACGACCACUUACUGAGCGGGUCCCAGUUGUCCAUUAUGAGCCAGGCGUCUUGGUGUCCAGGCUCAGGCGAAUGGUAAGGCCGGGUGAGGGGCAACGGGUAAGAGAUCUGAGAAACAAUCGACUGCGGAAGGUUGAGUCCAUUUUUUUUAAUGCACAGAGUUUUGUUGAUUCAUUGUCAUAAGCCUCGAGUGAAAUGCAUAUGCAAUGAAAUGAAUUCAACGCUUUUGAAUAAACAAAUUGUAUCGAUAUUGAAAAAAGUCAGUUUUCAUAAUUUUAAAGAUGGUUCCAUCUCGAUUCAAUAGACUUUUGAGCUUUUGAAAAGCCUUUAAAAGGAGACCCGAUAUGUAAAAGCUAUUCAAGUGAACAAUAAAACGAUUCCCAAACGCGAUACGGAUUAUACCUGGUAAAUGAAAACUGAAUUUGCUGACUAAAGAGGGGUUUCUUCACUUUCCGAACAUUUUUUGGCCCAGUAAAUAUUAUUUUUAAGUGUUGCUAUGUCCUUGAAUUAUGUGCAACAUAAGAUUUUGUUUUAAAUCUGACAACUCUCAGAAUUUUGUGGCAUAAUGAUUGAUUCGUCGAGUGAAAAGUUUACAGUUAAAUGAAUGACAAAACUUCCUGUUUUAAGUGGGAAGCGAAUUUGUACCAUCUUGGAGCUCUUAUCUUGCAUUCCACGAUUAUGCAGAACAACGAUCAUGUGAUCGUUGGUUCAUCUUGCAUUCUGGAACUUCUUUCCUAAUCUCUGCACUGAUAACAAAAAUCUUCUCUGAUUAAUCUGUUUUCUUACAUGUUUUCUGUUAUUUUUAUAUUGGGUAUUUGAGAAGAGGGGGCAGAGGGAGGGUCUGAUUUUAGUUUUAGGACACGUACUCGUGAUAAUAUCCAGGCUUUCUUGCUUUCUUUUGAAUUACCGCAAGUAAAACCUGCAUGGUUCCCACUUCUUGAAGAACAAGAUAUAGUACAUCAAUUUUGAACUUUAGUGACUUACUUCAUUCUUCUGCUCACUGCGCAAAAAACUUGCGAGAUUCACUCUUUUUUCCAAGUAAUUUUUACAUAAUUUAUUGGCUUUCAUAAUUUCUCUUGCUACAGGAGAAGCCGCAACUAAAUGAGUCUGAGAAAGAUGACUUGUUGAGAAAAUUACAAAAACUUGAGAAGAAACAGAAAGCUGAGAUUCUAAGGUGAGGUUUUUGAAGUGAUCCGCUUAUAAACGGGUCAGAAAAUUCGAAAGUGACCGAACGUAAUUUUAUCCGUGUCUUUCAAAGUUGCUUUUCAAGCAAGGUUGUGCCUGGCUGGAAGGCCAGCUUCUAUUUUGCCUGUCUUUUGACACAACCUCUAUGACAGCCUGGCAGGAAGCUGCACGAGUUUUACUACGGAUUUGCUUCAGUGAGAGACUGACUGACUGGCUAUGCUUAGAUAAUUCUCUUUCUCUUUCCAUUUAUAUUUUUAGGUUGCAGAAAGAACUGGAUAGAGUGAACAGAACAUGGGAAAUGAAAGUAACCAUUUUGCAACAAACGUGAGUCCGUUUUAGUCAACAACAGUUCCUUACGUGUACUCCACCGUCUUUGAAUGAGGCAAACAUGUCUUUGUACUAUUGUUCCUAAUUCGUUCAGCACUGAGAAGCUGAAAAAAUGUGAAUGUUUAACAUCCGAAAUUCUGGUAUUAGGUUACAUGCACUGAAGGACGAAAGUUUCCUGAGAACUUCCCUUCAACGACAAGCGGCCAGACUCCAGCAUGCUGCUGUGGUGUACGCGGUAUGUUUAUUAUGUGGCUCGUUUCAAGUUCACAGGGAACCCAGCUGUGGAUGAGAAGAUUACUACAGAUUAAGAAUAGCGAACUCAGUUUAUAACCUUUAGCUACAUGUAUUUAGCUAUGGCAUGAUACUCACACGGGAGGGGUGGGGUGUGAUCACUCAAUAAUUAUUCAGUACGACAACAACGCUCCAGCCCACCCCCACUUCCCUUCAUUCAAUCUUAUGUUAUUAUUUUAUUUUUUUUAGAGUGACGGUCCUGCAGUUAUCGUCACGGAUAGGAAAGAUUACGCAGCUGGAAGACCAUAUAGAACCUUGGUGAGUUAGAAUAUUUACAAUCCAAAUUAAUAUAUUUUUAUGGAUUUAAAUUAUGAGCAUCGAUUGAAAAAAAAAAAAAUAUAUAAAUAUAUAUAUAUAUAUAUAUAAGUUUGAGUUGAUCGAGUGAUAGCCCUAUCCUUGGACAAAGGUCGAAUUUCACCGAAAGUUGUCCCAGAUAUGGCUGUUCCUUCACUGUAUAAUGUGGAAUCAUUGUUAAUAAUUGAAGAAAGGUGAAAUGCGGGAGAACCUGGCGAAAAACCCUUGGGGCAAAGUCGACAACCAUCGUCAUACUCUGUUUACUCCCUAAAACACAUUUGUUGGGACACCUGUUGCCUCCUACGGCCUCCUCAAUGUUGGCCUGCAAGUAAUGUUUUACCUCCCAUAAUUAGGUCUGCGUCGUUUUCAAAUGGCAAACGAUUUAAUUUCGUGUCUUGUUUGAUUUUGAAAAGGUACAGCCUGAUAAGACUAAGCACACAGUACCCUUCAACACAGCUGACAGACCAGCUGCAGGUAAGGACCAAUAUAGGUGGGCCUUAACUCAAGGGUGCCCCUCAGGACUAGAAAAAGGGCACCUUGAACGGUAGAGUCCUUAUAGGAGAGGUGCCUCUAAACCCCUUCCUAUGAGCUUUAUGAAAACUCCAAAACAUGACGGAUAUUUCAUUCUGUAGACUUCUCUAAUAUCUCUUUUACUGCGAUCCUUUGUCUGGGAACUACGGUUCUGGUUGGGCUCAAUUAUCUGCUAAACAUGAUCCCUCCGUGAAAACAGAAAACAAAUUCAACAAAGCAAGAUUAAACGCUUGAAAAAACAAAUACUUGUGUCAGCCAAAGUACUCCAGCCUGUUCUGAGCCCUUAAUCUGUGGUACUAGCCCAAGAAAUCUUUGCACUAAGAUUGUAUUUAUUUUAAUAAAGUUAAGAUGAGCGCAUUUCAAAACUACAACGUACGAUUACACGCGUUAGAUUUUUCCGGAUCAAGGAUGAUAUGGGCGAGCAAUAUAAAAACACUUACCUUUGAUUUGAUUGACAACCUAGUAAGCCGCUCUCUAAGAUGGUCUCAGAUUUCUGCAGACAUAAAGGGCUAUGAUGUUUCCGGUUGCAAAUCUUUGCAUUUCUAGUUUUAUAAGUUGCGCAUGCGUUAUUGUAGGACAUCGCCGUCGCACAUCACUGAAAGACGUAUAUUUGAGAUGGGCGGUUUAAUUAUUUGACAGCAAAAGAUGUUCGGCUGUUGAUGGAAAUGGACUAACCAAACAUUGCACACAAUAGACUUUGCUGCAUUUUCGUUUUGGGACUAUGAAAGGGGACAAAAAACAAUUUUUCCUUUGUCCCACGCUCGUGAUAAGACUAAAAACAUCUUUGUCUAUUUCUUUACUGAGCUCAAAACUCAACAUCUUUCUCAUUCUAUUUACAAACAUGAGGCUAUCGACAUUGCUAAUCCUAGCAGUAUGCUUAAGAAUUUCGUAAUAGACCGCGCUCACCGUAGAGUCUCUGUGGCUCAGUGGUAGAGCAUCGAAACGCGGAAUUGGAGGUCUGAGGUUCAAUUCCCCAUGGGAACUCAGAAUUUUUUCUUCUGUCACACGCUCGUGACAAGACGAAAGUCACCUUUCUGCAUUUCUUUACCGAGCUCGAAACUUACCAUCUUUCUCAGUCUAUUUACAAAAUAAUUUUUCUUUUUAAUGCACUCCGUCAUGUCCGAGUCCAAAACGCCUUGAAAACAUUGAACCUUCAAGGCACUUUUUUCUAAUAUAGCCCUGACACUCUCCCAUAUCUUCAGUGUUAUAAGUGACGACUAUCAGCCUGACGAGAUUGUUUGGUUCGUUUGAAAUUUUCUCCAGACACACCCUUCAGUGAGGAUCGCCCAACUCCUACUCUGCCUUCGGAGGACAAACCACGUGUGUAAGUUAUCCUUGUGUGUUUAUGAGAUAUUCUUUGUCUGAUGUUUUGUUAUACUGAUGUGUUAAUAAAGAAGUGGUACAUAUAGUUGAUAAAUACGUUGAUCCACCUACAGUAGUAAGAAAUCCUAUACAUCUACUGAAAAUUGACCUUCUAGGUAUCUAGGAUAGAAUUACAGCAAUAUACUAUCAAUAAGUUCACUUCUGGUGAUGUGCUCCCCAAGCUUUCAAUAAUGGGAACGUGGAGAGUUAUGGUGUUUGAGAUAAAAAAAACUUCAUUCAAUCCUUUUUCGGUAUUUUAUUAAUACAUCUGUCUGUCUCUAUUUUUUAUUUAUUUAUUCAUUUAUUUAGUUAGUUAAUCAUUAACGACUUUCUCUCUGUCUGUUGUUGUCUUUUUAGAGAAAGUAACGAAGACACAAGUUUGAUAGCCAAUCCGGCCGGAGUUGACGAUACUGAAACACAAGAAACGAAUGAAAAUUCCUCGAUGUUAGAAAGUUCAACUUCAGCGCAUCAAGUUGUAGAUCCAGUGUGAAUAAAAUUGCCCACUCUCUUGUAAUCAGCUGAAGUGUUUGCUGUUCGCUUAUUUUGAAGUCUUAAAUAAGAUGUGGAGAAGACAUUAAACUAUUUAUUCUGGUGCAGAUGUUAGUGAUUUACGUCCUGGAAUAACUAACAUUCUGUCUGUUAUUCACUACUGUAAAUAUUUAUCUAUUUGAUUAUUUUUCUAAUGAGUUAUUCGUUUAGUUGAUGAAAUAAUUUGAUGUGAAAUAAAAUGUAUUUGUUGUCCAUCGUUAAUUAUGUACGAUACUCCUUUGUGCAUUAAAAUGGCUAUGCUUUCCAGACGUUUUGAAACUUAAGAAGUGAGAGAAACUUAGAGGAGAGCCGACUGACUUUUUCCAGGCCAACCUUAGUCCCCGUGAAUAAAAAAAGCUAUGUUAAUACCACUCCAAACUCGUGUUAGCUGCGAAGGUAGACGGGCAAGAACAACACCUAAUUCUAGGCUCUCGACAUGGCCGUCGCAUAUUAAAGAUUUCCGUUUUGUGUCAUCUUUUACUAAUUUGUUCUCCUUUGUUUAAGUCCCCUAUUUCUCUGAAAGAAAGUGUGCCGCGCUGUUUGGCCGUGGUAGGUCCGGAUAAAAGUUGGUUACAUCACUCUGUCUUACUUUUUAUUCGGUACACAGUGAAUAUGAAAAAAAGAAAAACACGAGUAAGAAAUUGAAAAUGCGCCUUAGACAAGAGAAAGACAGCCGUAGAAGGAACUCGGGCGUCAGAGGCCUUCUAACCGAACCAGAAAUAGAAAAGAUAAAACUGCGUAGCAAGUGAAGAAAAUGUUCACAUAUACACAAACACACACAAGACAAGAACAAAAUGAAAAUAAAACUAACAAAUAAUGUAGACUAGGAGUUUACCAAACAACGCCAAUAGGAGCUUGAUAUCAAAACUUUGGCUGAUGAAUUGUUAUGAAUGAAAUUCAUAAACAGCAAAGUAGGAUUAAAGACCUGUGAGAGAGUGCGAAUCCUUGCCCUCUGUUUUUCCGACAGCCACGUUUUAAUCGCUCACCUGCUCUCGUUCAGACAUUCAUUCACGCUCGUUUGCCUAACCGUCUAUGACGAGGACAGUGUAGAGGUUGCCGGUAACAGUUCUGCCCAGUAAUGAUGCAAAUUCUUCGAUGGGCUAUUUUUAGAGAGCGUCAGUUAUUAUGCAAUAACCCAAAGUAAUUUGCCAACAGCUUAAUUGUAAAGGAUUGGUUACCGCAUGAAAGGAAGGUGAUAAAUCAUCAUGUCCCAUGCAUAUUUGAUCGGAGGCAGAUGCUCAAAUUGGAGUCGGUGGACACAGUACCUCGUGGUCAUAACUUCG